CGGGGCUGGCGCGGACGUGGUUGGUGGCGCCGGGCACUGGAGGGGCCAUGGAUGGGCUCGGCCGCCGCCUCCGAGCCAGCCUGAGACUGAAGCGCGGCCAGCGGGGACAAUCUCAGAACAAUCCUGAGGAAGCUGCCACAGAAGCGGAAAGGAUCCAGGAGCAUUCUCUGUCCAGCUUUGCUGGAGGCCAGCACUUCUUUGAAUAUCUUCUUGUUGUUUCUUUAAAGAAAAAGCGUUUAGGGGAUGACUAUGAACCCACGAUCACCUACCAGUUUCCCAAGAGGGAGAACCUGCUCCGAGGGCAGCAGGAAGAGGAGGAACGGCUGCUCAGUGCCAUCCCCUUAUUCUGCUUCCCUGAUGGGAAUGAGUGGGCACCACUCACAGAGUAUCCCAGGGAGACCUUCUCAUUCGUCCUGACCAAUGUGGAUGGGAGCAGGAAGAUCGGAUACUGCAGGCGCCUCCUGCCUGCCGGUCCUGGUCCUCGCCUUCCCAAAGUAUACUGCAUCAUCAGCUGCAUCGGCUGCUUCGGCUUGUUCUCCAAGAUACUAGAUGAAGUAGAGAAGAGGCAUCAGAUCUCCAUGGCUGUCAUCUACCCAUUCAUGCAAGGGCUCAGAGAGGCGGCCUUUCCUGCACCUGGAAAGACAGUUACCCUUAAGAGCUUCAUUCCUGACUCGGGCACGGAGUUCAUCUCACUGACACGGCCCCUAGACUCCCACCUUGAACAUGUGGACUUCAGUGUUCUGCUGCAAUGUCUCAAUUUUGAGCAGAUUAUUCAGAUCUUUGCCUCUGCAGUGCUAGAAAGAAAAAUCAUCUUUUUGGCAGAAGGUCUCAGUACCCUGUCUCAGUGUAUCCAUGCUGCAGCUGCUUUGCUUUACCCAUUUAGUUGGGCACACACAUAUAUCCCUGUGGUCCCUGAGAGCCUUCUGGCCACUGUCUGCUGCCCUACCCCCUUCAUGGUUGGGGUACAGAUGCGCUUCCAGCAGGAGGUUAUGGACAGUCCCAUGGAAGAGGUCCUGUUAGUGAAUCUUUGUGAAAAAACCUUCUUAUUAUCGGUUGGUGAUGAGAAAGACAUCCUACCACCAAAACUUCAGGAUGACAUCUUGGACUCUCUUGGUCAAGGGAUAAAUGAGUUAAAGACUUCAGAACAAAUCAAUGAGCAUGUUUCAGGCCCUUUUGUACAAUUCUUUGUCAAGACCGUGGGCCACUAUGCCUCCUAUAUAAAACGGGAAGCCAGUGGACAAGGCCAUUUCCAAGAACGAUCCUUCUGUAAGGCUAUUACCUCCAAGACCAAGCGCCGAUUUGUGAAGAAGUUUGUAAAGACACAACUUUUCUCUCUAUUCAUCCAGGAAGCAGAGAAGAGCAGGAAUCCUCCUGCAGGUACAUAUAGAGCCCACUAA